UUCACCAAAACAAAUGAAUAGGCCGGAAGCAAAACAAAACAAAGCUUAUGAGGGAGCGAGUCUGGCCCAUGGGCUGAGGUGGCGCCCUCUAAUGGCAAGCCACACAUGCGCUGUGUGUCGGGCUCUAUGGUGUGGCUGCAGGUACUUGUGGAAGAGACCUGCUUUGCAGCCCGAGGAAGUACCUGCUUCUCACUCCCCUCCCAGCUCUCCUGGUCCAAGCCUCCAUCUCCACUGUUUACAUAAAGGUUUGUGGCUUUGACCUUAGUCUGCACCUUUAUGGUAGCCUAAUCUGCCAGGCCAUCCCCCACCUGUUGGCUUCUUUUCUGGACCCUGGACCCUUCUAAACCAUCUGUCCUGCCUUUGACCCAGGCAGAUCUCCGCGCUCCUUGCUCCAGUGCCUGGCUUUCCAGGUCCUUUGUGAGCUGGCAUCAGCCAACCUUGGAGGCACCGCUGACCUUUCCAGAAUACCCUCAUCCAUCCCCUUCACUGCUGGGGAAUUUCCUACUCUUCUGAGUUCUGCCUUAAAUGACAUCAACCCCCAAAAGCUCCCCUGCUUUCUCCUCUUUGUUCCUGUGACACCUUAGUGAUCUGUAACACCACCCUAUCUCCCUGCCACAUCAUCCUCUCCUCAUAUAAUAAUGCCCAUUAAUUUAACUGGUUAGGGUUUUGUGUACAUUAAUUUAUUAAGUUCUUACAACAAUCUCAUGAGGAAGGUGUUUUGUUUAUUUCUUGUUUUACAGAUGAGCCUACUGAGUCUGGAGAGGAACUCCCAUCACUUGCCUAAAAUCAAGUGGGGAAACUAGGAUUUGAAUUCGACAGCCACUCUGUCCAGGUUCUUCCGUCAUAGCAGCUCAUCACUGAUACUUACUGGACACUUACUCUGCUGCUGCUCUGUAUAGGUUGUCACCAUCCCUAUGUCAGCCUUGUGCAGCAGGAAGUAAUGCUGCCAGCGGGCCAGGGAUGAGCUGGCGUCCUCCUUCCCAAUGGCAUCUCCCCCUGGUCUGGAACUGAAGACACUGAGCAAUGGCCCUCAGGUCCCCAGGAGAUCGGCUCCUCUGGGCCCAGUGGCCCCACCUAGGUCUGGUGUGGAGAAUGCCUGCUUCUCCUCAGAGGAACAUGAAACCCCUUUCCAGUACCCUGGGGAUGCCAGACUGGGUAGCUCGUCUAGUUCCCAAGGGGGUGUCCCCUCACUGCCUCGGUCCCAGCGGGAUGAUCUGUCCCUGUGUUCAGAGGAGGGGCCCAGUCUGGAGCCUGUGAGCCGCCCUGUGGACUAUGGCUUCGUUUCUGCUCUGAUUUUCCUGGUGAGUGGGAUCCUUCUGGUGGUGACAGCGUACGCCAUCCCCCGUGAGGCCCGUGUCAACCCGGACACAGUGACUGCAAGGGAGAUGGAGCGACUAGAGAUGUACUACGCCCGCCUGGGCUCCUACCUGGACAAGUGCAUCAUCGCAGGCCUGGGGCUGCUCACAGUGGGCGGCAUGCUUUUGUCAGUGCUGCUCAUGGUCUCCCUGUGCAAAGGCGAGCUAUACCGCAGGCGGACCUUUGUCCCUGGCAGAGGCUCCAGAAAGACCUAUGGCUCCAUUAACCUGCGCAUGAGACAGCUGAAUGGGGAUAGAGGCCAAGCGCUGGUGGAGAACGAAGUGGUCCAGGUCUCAGAGGCCAGCCAUACCCUUCAGGAGUCUUAAGUAAAAGCCUACUGUAUCUGGCUGCACUAGCUCCAGGGCUCCAGGGCCCCCAGAGGUCUGGGGUUUCGAACAGUCCCACACAGGGCCCAGGAGAAGGAGUCUUAAAGUGCUGGAGGGGGUCCUGGGACCUGCCUCAGGCCCCACUCAGGCAAGCGCCUGCUGAUCUGUUUUACAGCCUGAGGUUUUGCAUAAGGUUUUGUUUGGAAGAUGGCUUCUGCUGCUAAAAAUACAAAGUUUGGAAACUGCUGCUCUUAGAAGAUGAGGUCUCUUGGCAUUUUUAAGGGUUGGGAACCAUUUGAAAGAUUGCCUAUCGUGUUCCGCCUCCCAUGGGGCAUUUCAGGACCUCUGUAUCAUUAACCAAACAAGGAUGUUAGGUGACCCUGGAGGGGCACCUUUCAGUUGUGGCAGUCUAAGGUGGGAAGUAGCUUCAUGGUAGGGGAGAGGCCAGCAUUGGGGCAACCUCCUAUAGCACCCCACUGACUGAACCACAAACCUUCCCUCUCCAGGCCUUAGCUGUUCUUCUUUGUGAAGCAAGGGGGUUGGACUGAUGACCUCUUGGGCCGGUUCUGCCCUGGGAAUGGGAACCGAGUCUCCACCUGUGGCCACCCCUUCAAAAGAAGAGGUAUUUGUCAGGCACUGAUGAUUCUCCAUACCAUUUUCUGGCCCCACCUUGGUGGCCACCACUGUAAGGAUGCCAGCUGCUCUCACAAUCCUGCUAAGGAGCCUCUUGGCUGGGUGGGUUAUAUUCAGUUUGCCACAGCCUGGUUUUGGUUUAGGGGUCUAAUUUCUAGUAGUGACUAAUUUUCUGCAGUGGCAUAUUUUACAGAGUUAGGUGCACAGUUCUGACCCAUCCUCUGGGCAUGAAAGAUAUUUUAUACAAGAAAGUAUGAGGGCUUUGUUGUAUUUGAGGACUUUGUUGUAUUGUUGUGGGUGUGACUUGGGCCUUUAUCAUCGUCCCUCCUCAGUAGUAUGUCUCUUGGGCCUGACCUCAUUUUGUUAGCAGGAAAAAAAAGAACCUUUUUUAAAUGCUGAA